AACACUUCAGUUGAUGUGUUAUGUGGUUGAUAGUCGACGUACUCUUUCACCGCAGUUACCCCUUAGACUGGUUCGGUGUUUGCAUUAUUAAGCUUGAGAAAACUACAGGUGGAAAAGGCCUUCCGGGAGCUUUUAUUAGCGCGUGCGAGGGCGAACGGAUAUCAGGAACGCCUUGAGGGCGAGUGCACGUGCGAGGGUCGUCCAAAUAGUUUAAUAGUAGAGUGAUAUCAAGUUGAAAGAGUGAGUGAGGGAGUGUAAGUAAAAGAAAAGUCACUUCGGGUUGGAGGAAAGAGAAUUCAAGGGCGGCUAUCAGCCUUCAAGUGUUGUAUAUCAUGUACUUAACGUGAUUUCAUGCGCCGUUGUGGUCAUGAUAAUCGUGUAAAAAUUCACAAAGUUGCAUAGAUUGUCAUUGUACAGUAUUUGUACUUCAAGCUUUAUCUACUAUUAAGGAGUGAUGGAAGAACAUAACAGGGACUCGGCACUUUGCAAAGUUUGUGGAGACAAAGCGUCGGGAAAACAUUAUGGUGUGUCAAGCUGUGAUGGUUGUCGAGGCUUUUUUAAACGGUCAAUUCGCAGGUAUGCCAGAAAUUUAGAUUAUGUUUGCAAAGAAAACGGUCAAUGUAUUGUUGAUGUCUCAAGAAGAAAUCAAUGCCAAGCUUGUAGAUUUGCUAAAUGUCUUGAAGUGAACAUGAAACGAGAUGGUAUGUUUCAAAUUACAGCGGUACAACAUGAAAGAGCACCGAGAAGUACAUCGUCGUUGGUUUCCGCCGCGAGAAGAGUACCCUCGGCGAUCUAUCCAGGAAUCUCUCAUGUCUAUCACACUGCAAGCAACCCCUACCAUCCGCUUUUAUAUCCAACGCUCUUUCCGUUCAAGCCUAGUGUACCAACUUUUAGUCCCGGUGUCGCACACUUUUUGCCACGACCUAUUGCAGAACCUUUAACUGUGGCUGCUGCUAAGGAAGACGAAGUUACAAGUUCAGAAGAAGCGAGAACUGUCGUUCAAAGAUGCGAACAAAAAGAUCAUAUGAAUGUACCUACAAUACCACCUUCAAUAUCGAAUCCAUCAUUAUCAGACUAUGGAAUUUCUAAUCAGUCAUUGUUGUUGACAGAAAAUGUUUAUGAAUCAGCAGCAAGAUUACUUUUUUUAGCUGUAAAAUGGGCAAGAAGUAUUCCGUCUUUUUUAGAAUUAUCAUAUAGGGAUCAAGCAAUUUUAUUAGAAGAAUCGUGGAGCGAAUUAUUCGUUCUUACAGCUGCACAGUGGAAUUUUUCUAUCGACGAAUCAAUAUUAGUACCAUUGAUUCUUCCAACAGAGAGAAAACAAAUUCUUGCAGAUGAAUUAAAACGACUUCGUGAAUUAUUGACGCGUUUUACAAUUUUACGCGUUGAUCAUUCAGAGUAUGCAUGCUUGAAAGCAAUAGCUCUCUUUAAAGGAGAAUCUCGAGGACUUGGUGACGCAGCUAGGGUAUUGACUCUUCAGGAACAGACGGUAACAGUUUUGGGAGAGCGAGGCGCCGGUAGGGUUGGUCGUUUGCUGUUAUUAUUAUCCCCUGUGCGUGCACUUUGUCGGGGAACGUUAGAAGAACUUUUAUUCAAACCAACAGUUGGUGAAGUCAGUGUUGAAAGGUUACUUGGUGACAUGGUUCGUGCCACAAGAUCUACUUAAAUUUAUUUUUAAUUCAUGCAAUUCAUCAAUGUAAAAAUUAUUUUUUGAAAUUUAAUAAUCUAGAAAUUUUGUAUAGUUAUCUCAAUAACUAAAAUUUAGUACUAGAGGCGAAGAAAAAAAUAGCUUGUUUGGAAAGUGUAGCUGAAUCAAUUUUGAUAUUUUAGUUUAGAACUGAGAAUACCAAAAAUUAGUUAAGAAAUAACUUGUCAAUAAUUUUCGAGAUGCUUCAUUAUUUUUUUUUAAAUUUUUUAAUUGUGAUUGUUUUUUUCACAUUUCUUAACUAACUUCUGGCAUUUUAAUAAAUUCUAUAUUCAAACGUUAAAAUCGGUUCAGGUAUAGUUACUUUUCAAACAAAUUGCUUUUUUUUUCUCGAGAAGAAAGUCUGUCAAUUCAAAAUCCAAAUUUUGUUGUCAGAUCAACAUCAAUUUGCGAUUCGUUUAAUUAAUACUUUAUAGUUGUUAUAAUAAUUAUAAAUGUUAUUAUAAACUAAUAUUAUUUAAAUAAUCUAGUCAAUUGUUUAUCUUACACUAACAAAGGGGA